AUGGCCUCUGCGCCUCCGCCCCACACCUCGCUCCAUAUGCGUCCGUCAGACCUCAUUGUCCGGGAACCUCUGGACUACGGGGGCUUCGGGGAGGUGUACCUGUGCUACCAUGUGACACUGGGACAAGUGGUGCUGAAAACCAUGUACACUGGGCCAAUGCGGAACGAAGACAAAAAGCGGUCACUUCUGGAGGAGGGGAACAUCAUGGCGAGUCUGAACCACGAGCGAGUGGUCCGGCUGCUGGGGGUCAUCAUGGAGGACCAGGACUGCUCUCUGGUCAUGGAGCUGAUGCCCAGAGGAAACCUGCUGGUCAUGAUCGAGACGGUUGAACUCCCCAUGUCCCUGAAGGCCAGAAUCAUCUUAGAAAUCCUGGAGGGGAUGGUGUAUUUAACGGAGAGGAACAUUCUACAUAAAGACGUUAAGCCGGAAAAUAUUUUAGUCGACAAAGACUUUCACAUCAAGAUUGCAGAUUUGGGUCUUGCCAAAUGUCAGACGUGGAGCCGGCUGACAAAGGAGGAGUCUCGGCGGAAGAGCCAGAUGGGGCGUUCGGGUGGCGCUCGAGGGGCCGGCACUCUCAGCUACAUGGCCCCGGAGCACCUGGAGAGUAUCCACACCCCCUCCACAGAGAAGUCGGACGUCUACAGCUUUGCCAUCGUGGUCUGGGUCAUUCUCACGGGAGAAGAGCCUUAUGCAAAUGCCAGAAGUGAAGACCAUCUCAGCCAGUGCGUCCGUAAUGGUAACCGUCCGGCAGAGGACCUCAUCCCGCAGGACGUCCCACCACAGAUCGUUCAGCUGAUGAGGAGGUGCUGGGAUCCUGACCCGCUCCAGCGACCCACAUUCAAUGAGGCCUAUGAGAUCUUCGGGCCCAUCUAUGAACAAUACUUUGAAAAACAUGUGGAGAAUGACAUUGUGGAUGUUAAAAAACAGUAUGAAGGUCCAGAGGAGCUUGUAGAAAAGAUGAAAUGCAUCUCCCUGUCACAUGGACGCUUUCUAACAGAUUCCCCAGGCCCUCUGCUGAGCUCAGACCGCAGUGUGCCGGUCCCAGUGGAAGCCAGCAUCGAAGACCUCCACAAAAUCCACUCGGAGUCAGUGGAGAACGAUAUAGAGACCGACUCCUGCAUUCCCGACACCCCUUCGCACUUAGAGGACAAGCUAGCCCGCGAGCUUCAGUACCACAAACACGGAAGCUACAACUGCGAGUCUGACGUCUCCAACGGUUACCACCACAACAACAACAACAACCCGAUCCUCUACCCACCAUCGCGAUCCUCAGACUGCCCCACCAGACUUCCAGAGCAGGAGAAGCUCUCGUCGGUGCAGUCCUGGACCAAAGAAGACGAGUGGUGUCGCCCGUCCGCAGGCUACGACUCCAUGACCACGUCCACCAGCUCGCCUUCGCUGUCCGCCCUGAACCCGUCGCCCAUCGAUCGGCAGCAGUCCUGUCCGUUUUUCCCGGUUUCGGACAGCGCCGCUCCCGACUUGAACCCUGGAAGACUGUUGCCGUCUUCGAAAGGCGCUUCGCUUCAGGAUCCAGGCUCUCUCUUCAUCCAGAACGCGAGCGGGAUCCAAAUUGGCAGCCACAACACGCUCAAUAUCCGCGGUUACGACCCUAGUUUAUUGACUCUGAACAACGGCGCGACGGGCACACCAAUCAAAGAAGCCAUUCUGAAAUAUGAGGACUGUCCAGUGACGGAGGAACACUUGGAGCUGCUGAAAGAAAACAUUGGAGCCAAUUGGAAGCGUUGCGCGCGAAGGUUGUGCCUGACCGACGUGGAGAUCGAGACCAUCGAGCUGGACUCCUACCGCUACGGACUGCCCGAGAUGGUCCACCAGAUGCUGGAGAAGUGGAAGAUGAAGGAGGGGAGGCUCGGGUGCACCAUAGGCAAGCUUUGUCGAGCCGUGGAGGGAAAAGUCCCCUUAGACGUGAUCCAGAAAAUACUAGACACUUGUGAACUGUCACCAUGA